GGAAACGAAGGCAAAGCAAGACGAAGAGCAGCAGGAGACGGCCAAGAUGGAGAAGAAGAUGGCGAGGACGGAGAUGGAGGUGGGAGCCGACGGCGUCGCCGUCAUCACCAUCAUUAAUCCUCCCAUCAACUGCCUGUCCUUCGAUGUAAUGUGGAGCUUGAAAGCCAACUUUGAAGAGGCUAUCCGUAGGGAUGAUGUGAAAGCCAUCGUUCUCACAGGUCAAGGUCCGAACUUUUCCGGAGGUUUCGACAUCGCUGCCUUUGAGGACCUUCAAGGGGGGAACAAUGGACAGAAACCUGAACCUAAAGUUGGCUACUUUGCGAUCGAUGUCGUCACCGAUAUCUUCGAAGCUGCAAGAAAACCAUCAGUGGCUGCCAUUACCGGGCUAGUCAUUGGUGGUGGGCUGGAACUCUCGAUGGCAUGUCAUGGGCGCAUCUCUACGGCCGCUGCUCAAAUUGCCUUACCAGAACUCACUCUUGGAUUCAUCACAGGGCUUGGAGGAACGCAGCGGCUUCCGCGCCUUGUUGGACUUCCUAAAGCACUUGAAAUGCUUCUGUUGUCCAAGGGAAUUGGAGGAGAGGAAGCCUACAAACUGGGUCUUGUGGAUGCCAUAGUUUCACCUGAUGAAUUGGUGGAGACAGCUCGGCAUUGGGCUCUGGAUAUUGCAGAGUCCAGAAAACCAUGGACCAAGAGUCUUUACAGAACAGACAAGUUGGAACCCCCGGAGAAGGCCAGGGAAGUGCUGAAGUCUGCAAGAGUUGAAGCUCGAAAGCGAUCUCCCAAUGUCCAAUUCCCUUCGUUGUGUAUUGAUGUGAUCGAAGAGGGUAUUGUCUCAGGUCCUCGUGCCGGACUUUGGAAGGAAUCAACCACUUUCCUAGAACUUCUUUUCACUGACACCUGCAAGAAUUUGGUUCAUCUCCUCUUUGCACAGCGAGCAACCACAAAGGUUCCUGGGAUCACUGACUCAGGUCUGAAGCCUAGGAAAAUUGCUACGGUUGGCAUUGUUGGAGGAGGUUUAACAAGCUCUGGAAUUGCAACUGCGCUGAUACUGAACAAUUACCAAGUGAUACUUAAAGAAGAAGAUGAAAACCUCUUAGAAUCAACAAUUGGCAGAGUUAAAGACAAUUUGCAGAAUUGUGUCAAUGAAGGAAAAUUGAAUGAUGAAAAAUGUGAGACGGCACUCUCUUUACUCACCGGUGUGUUGGAUUAUGAAAGGUUUAAAGAUGUGGAUAUGGCAAUUGAGUCAGCUUCUGAGAAUCUUCACCUAAAACAGCAAAUAUUUGCUGAUCUCGAGAAACACUGUUCUCCAAACUGUAUACUCGCCAGUAACACUUCAACAAUCGAUCUCAACUUAAUUGGAGGAGAAACCAAGUCUCAAGAUCGUAUCGUAGGGGCACAUUUCUUCGGUCCUGCUCAUGACAUGCCACUGCUAGAAAUAAUUCAAACACAGAAAACAUCACCACAAGCUGUUGUAGAUCUCCUGGAUGUUGCUGAGAAGAUUCACAAGACACCCAUUGUAGUUAGGAACUGCACUGGCUUUGCUGUUAACAGGAUGCUCUUUGCUCACACUCAAGCAGCACUCUUGCUUGUGGAUCAUGGUCUUGAUGUGUAUAAGAUCGAUCAUGCGUGCACCAAAUUUGGAUUGCCAAUGGGUCCCUUCAGAGCUGCUGAUCUUGUUGGACUUGGAGCAGCAGGAGCUUCUGGCAUCCAAUACCUUCAGAGCUACCCUGAAAGAGUCUACAAGUCCAUGUUGAUGUCAGUCAUGAUUGAAGACAAGAGGGAAGGUGAAGCAAGCGGAAAGGGGUUCUACAAGUAUGAUGAGAAGCGGAAUGCCAGCCCAGAUCCUGAGAUCAUUAAGUAUGUUGAGAAGUCAAGGAACAUGGCCAGUGUUACUCCUAAUCCUCAGCUAAUGGAGAUACCAGAUGAGGACAUAGUAGAAAUGCUUCUCUUCCCGGUCAUCAACGAGGCCUGUCGAAUCCUUGAUGAGGGAAUCGCUGUGAAGGCAACAGACCUAGACAUUGCCACUGUAAUGGGCAUGGGAUUCCCAGCUUACAGGGGUGGUAUCAUGUUCUGGGCUGACUCCCUUGGAGCAAACUACAUAUGUGAGAAGCUGGAGGAGUGGAGCAAGUUGUAUGGCAAUCUUUUCAAGCCAUGUUCUUAUCUGACAGACAGGGCAGCCAAAGGCAUUCUCUUGAGUUCCCCAUAGAGAGAGAGAGAGAGAGAGAGAGAGAGAGAGAGAGA